AUGAGAAGCACCACUCGCUUCUGCAUGAUUUCACUCCAGCGAAGGUAUCAGAUACGCCAGCAAUCCAAGCAAGCACAACAGUGCCAGCCGUGUCGUCGAAGUCCGCUGUUUUCACAGUUUCUCCGUUCUGCAAACGCUUCCAUCCACGUCCCGCCAAGUUAUCAUGGCAUCGAUGUCGAUUCGGCAUCGAUGUCGAAUUUCAUUUCGAAACCGUUGGCGAAGAUCCUGUUCAGCCGCCGAUCUACAGUGGACGUAUCUGUCGCAGGCAUCGGACCCUCCACACAGAAGAUUAGGAGUACCAUUACAGCAACCAUCGAGUCGGGAGAUCGAACGACCUCGAUGAAAUCGCAGUUUUCGGUACUGAAGCAGCCAUCGUCGGAGCUGCCAACUACGCCGAUCGACAUUUCGGUGUGGAAAAUUUCAUGCGUCGAGCUAGCAGAUCCACAGUUCAAUGUUCCCGGAAACGUAGACCUCGUCAUCGGUAGCGAAACGUACUGGGAACUCCACACGGGACGGAAAAUUUCUCUGGGUGAAGGUAUUCCGUGGGUAGUCGAAACUCUCUUUGGUUGGGCGGCCACUGGUCCCGCAUCUCGCUCGGCUACCUGCAUACCACGGUUCUGCAAUCUCUCCACUGUUGACGAUCGACUGGAAGCCGCUCUACGCAAGUUAUGGGACAUGGAAACAUUUCAAUCAGCUCCAGUUCUAUCUACCGAAGAAAGUCUAUGCGGAGAACACUAUGCUGUUACUACGAUGCGCAAUUCCACAGGGCGGUACAUUGUGGAUCUUCCGAGGACUGAAGAUUCCGAAAAGGUUCAAGGUCGAUCAAGGUCGAUUUCCGAUCGUCGCUUCUUGAGCAUGGAACGGCGAUUAGAUAGAGAUCCUUCUACCAAGGACUCAUAUCACCAAUUCAUGGAGGGGUAUGUACAGCUUGGUCACAUGCAGGAGUUACCAGGGCCUGUAGAUGAUCGAAUUGAACACUCAUACAUCCCCCACCACGUCGUUUUCAAGAAAUCCACCACGACCACGAAGGUCAGGGUGGUUUUUGACGCGUCAUGCAAGACCUCGUCCGGCUAUUCUUUGAACGACACGCUUCUUGUUGGACCUGUCGUCCAGCAAGACCUCUACUCCAUCUACACGAGAUUCCGGACAAAACGCAUUGCCAUAGUAGCAGACGUCGAGAAGAUGUACAGGCAGGUAUUGCAUCAUCCCGACAAUCGUCGUCUCCUUCGUACCCAUUAUCUCAGAUGUCUGUCCGAUGCGAUCGCUACGUUCGAACUACAGACCCUGACAUACGGUCCUGCUAGCGCAACAUACUUUACAAUGAAGACAUUCCAGCAGAUUGCCAUCGACCAGGCGGAGUUCUAUCGUGCUGCUGUCGACCCAGUGGUGGAAGAUUUCUGCGUAGAUGAUCUAUUGUCCGACGCAUCUGACGUUGAAUCCGCAAAAGCACUUCGCCUUCAAGUCACUGACAUACUUAGUUCCGCUGGAUUUUUGCUAAAGAAAUGGGCGUCUAACGCCUCAGAAGUUCUCCAGGAUGUUCCCCCAGAAGAUCUGGCGAUCCAACCCCUCCACGAUCUGCAGGAUGAGCAGAUGAUCUUCACGAUCGGCCUAUUGUGGGCCGACAACCUUCGAUUCAAGGUAGAAAAGUACCUACCUCUCCCGACGGCCAUCCUUACCAAGCGGAAGGUAAUGUCGUACAUCGCCAAGAUUUUCGAUCCACUGGACCUAUUGGGUCCGGUCAUCGCAAAGGCAAAGUUCUUCAUGCAGCGUUUAUGGGCAUUGAAGCAUGACGGUGUUCUUUGCGAGUGGGAUUAUCCAUUGCCGGAUCAGCUGCAACACGAGUGGAAGCAGUUCCAUACAACGCACCACAUUCUAGCUACACUCCAAGUUCCUCGCUUCGUGCUUUCGUCAGUCGGUGCUACUGUCCAACUCCAUUUCUUCGCCGAUUCAUCCUCCGUUGCUUAUGGAGCUUGCUGCUUCGUCCGCACGGAAUCGGCGGAAGGUAUACAAGUCCACCUGUUGACAUCGAAGUCAAAAGUCGCGCCGCUGUCCACGCACCAUUCCAUCGCAAGACUAGAGCUCUGUGCAGCACAUCUGGCAACUCAGCUCUUCAAGAAGGUGGAUGCCUUGCUGAAGACAGCGAAGAAGGCUGCGCGCCGUUCCAACCCGCUGGAAAACAUUCGUCGCUAA